UCAUAAUCCAUUUUACCUCUAGCGACCAAAAUGUCAGACACCAACUCCUCCCCCAACAACUUUGUUCGCACGUGGACCUCGGGCGAUGGCACCCUGAGUGGGCUCGACUCCCUCCUCCCCGGUCGCCUCGUACUGUCGUACGACCCGUCGCUUAACGAACCGGCCACCGUGGUCGUGACAUCAUCUUCGCAAGAGCUGGCCGAGCUUGUUCAAGCCGAGAUUGUACCCGGGCGCAAGGCCGACUUCUACGUGACGGGUUCCGAGCGCGUACUCAAGCUUUCGUUUCCGCCACAGAACAUUGACAUUUCUGCAUCGCUUCUCGUGGAGGUGAAGUUCAACCACCCGAUUUCGACGUUGACCACCACGACCGAAACCAUCGUGUCAUCCGGCACCCUCUCUCUCCAGAACAAAGCCGCCAAUGUGAGAGUAUCGUCGCUUGGCAGCAAGAACGUCUGGGUCGAGUCUGCGAAUGCAGUGACAGUGUCCAAGCUCGACAUCACGGCGGAAGGGCACGGCAUCGUGUACGUGACGGCGCCAGCCGUGACCUCCACCAAGCGCAUCAAGUUGGAUGUCCUCGGCAGCGGCUCGGUGGCAAUUCAAGCUGCGUCAGUGUCGACAGACGACUUGAAGACAUCGGUGCUUGGCUCAGGCUCUGCGUACGUGCAUGGCACCGUGGAUGCGUCGGACCUCCAUAGCGAAGUGUUGGGCUCGGGUUCGAUCAGCUACUACCCUGCUGGUCAUUGCGGUAGCAGCAAGAUCUCGCUCUUGGGCUCUGGCAAUGCCUACGUGGCGUCUGUAGCAUGCACCACCACCAAGGUGGAAGUGCUUGGAUCCGGCUCUGCGUACGUGCAGACCGUGGACACCCUCUCUCGUUCGGGCUUUGGGUCGGGGCACAUUAACUACUUCAACGCCACCCCCGCUCAUUUGCCCAAAGAGAAGAAGCACCAGUGGUAUUGGUCGCCCAGAACCCCGAAAGUAGUGCCCACACUCGAAAACAAGUUCGUCACGUUUGAAGUGGCUGCCGAGCCGGCGCCGUUGAAGGAAGGGGUGCCGGUGCGUGUUUACCAGACAGUUGGUUGGUUUUCGUGGCCUUCGCGCGGCGGCAAUGUCGUCACGGACGGGUCGUCGACGUUGACGACUCGGUUGGGAAGUGGCGUGGGUCCCAAAACCGCCGAGGAGUUCGGCGUGGGAUCGCUUGCGGUGGUGUUGGUCGCGAUUGUUGCGUUCUUCGUGUUUAAGAAGAACCAACGUCGUGGCUAUGCAGUGCUCUAAGAAAUGAUAGCCAGUUAAACCUGUUGAAUGUUAAUGCGCAGUCGUUGCGUGAAUGAACUUACACGCGCGAACCAUCGUCUUGUCAUGUCUGUUCGACGCUCGUCGCAUGCCAGUUUGGUCAUAAUCAGUUUUUACCAGGGUUCAAAUAGCUCGAGAAUUUCAAAGCACGCAUGAUUUAC